AUGAACAGCGACACAAUUAAUGACAGAUUAAGCUCGCUUCCUGAUUCUGUUCUAAUCACCAUACUAUCUCUUCUUCCAACCAAUUCCGCCGCUGCCACCUCCGUCUUAUCCCACAGUUGGCGCCGCCUCUGGACACACAUCACCCACUUUUCCUUUGAACCAUGGAAAGAUUGGAGAUACGACUAUAAUUUCCGGGAUUCUAUGAACACCGUCAAUCACAUCCUCUUCCAACUCACCUCCUCCAAACUCCACACUUUUCACCUUAAUAUUCCUAACCCUCACAGUUACACCCUUUUCCCCGAUCUAGAAACCGACACGGUGUUAAGGGACGGACUUGCGUGCCUUGUUCCCUUGAUUAAUCUAGUCUGCCAACGAAACCCCGAGGUUAUCACGGUAUUUUUUCAAAACUCGUAUCCAAUUCAAUUACAUCAUCUGCCACCUGUUCAAGUUGUUCAAACUAAAUCACUUGUAACCCUAGAAUUAUAUGCAAAUAUUGAGCUUAAGUUUCCUGAUAAUCUUGCUGUUAAUCUUCCUAAUUUAAAGAGGCUUCAUAUGUAUUUGUAUGACUCGCAACGUCAUAAUUUGUAUAUAGAUAUGGAUAAAUCCUCGAGUUUGAUUCUUAAUAGCAAGUUUGUGAUUGAUGCCCCUAAACUCGAACAAUUCACGGUUGUAGGUAUUCUAGCGAUUAAUGACUUUGUUACAAUUCCUAGUAAUUUAGAACAAGUCACACUUGAUUUGCAGAAAAUGGAUGAUAAUGAAGUUUUUCUGAAUGAGAGACUAGUGCUAUUUCGAGGGAUUUCUUGUGUUCGGACUCUUACAAUAAUGGGUAACUGUGGUGUUACUCUCCUAGAUUUUCUUAAUAAGGUUGAUCUGCCAAUCUAUAUUAAUCUGGUUCAUUUAAUUUUCGACUGUGUUGAACAAUUUCACAUAAAUGGGAGACCUCAACUACCUUCUAGUUGGUUGGCUAAGCUCAAAGAAAUAGAGGUCUCAAUAAAGAUGUUCAACUUUUUGGGUUCGAGAUGA